AAGAAAGAAGACUGGGAGCAGAUGAAAACCCUCUCUUGGUGCAGCUCAAUUGGCAUAUGGAUGACAGAGAAGGACGUUUUCUAUUAAGGAGAAUUGAUGAUAAGACAAAUGAAUCAUUCCUGUGCCCUCAGGUGCCAGCAGUAGGGUUCCAGGAAGGAGGUUCUAGCUUCCGAAGAAAGCUGUCAAAGAGAGAAAAGAAGCAGCUCAAGAAACAGGAGAAAAUGAACAAAUUGAAGUCAAAUGCAGCUAAUAAUGAAAAUGAAGGUGGUGUGGCAGAGAAACUUUACACAGAACUGCCAGAGACCAGCUUCACCCGUUCCAUUUCAAAUCCUGAAGCUGUAAUGCGUCGUCGCCGCCAGCAGAAACUGGAACGCAAAUUGCAGCAGUUCCGAAGCAAGGACGGAGGCCCAGACACAGGGGGCACUCUGAAGAUCUAUGGAGAGUCGUUAUGUCGAGAUGUCCCUUAUAAAACGCUCCUGUUGUCUGUGCGUGAUACUGCUGCACAAGUGGUUCGUGAAAUGUUAGCAAAAUAUGGCAUGGAAAGAGAAGCUGAUCCACACAAUUUCUGUCUGGUUCAGGUGAAUACUGCUGCACUUCCGGAUACUGGGGAAAGCAAAGAGUACCAUGGCGGAACCAACAACCGGGAAUAUAUCUUGGACGAUGACGAGUGCCCUCUUGCAAUUCUUAUGAACCAUCCAUCGUCCAGAGGGUCCAUCAUGUUCCACGUGCGACGGCGGCCGGCGGACUACCACCCGCGCAAGCGGAAGAAGAAGCCCCUGCAGAAGUGGAACAAGGGCAGCGACCUGGUGGAUUACCGAUGGUUCAGAUAUAGUAAGCAGCACUCCGAAACGCCAUCGACUUCAUCCGAAUGUUACUGAAGUGGGAAGUGAACGACCCAUGAAUGCAUCACAACAUGGGCAUCAAACACAGUCCCUACAGUUGUUUGGUCCAAAUGUGCAUCCUAGGCAUUGUGUUAUUGCGCAUACUGAAGGUAUUGUGACAGUUACACCUUGCAGUAGAGAUGCAGAAACAUACGUAAAUGGCCAGCGAAUUUAUGAGACCACAAUACUUCAGCAUGGGGCUGUAGUGAAGUUUGGCAGAAUUCAUAAUUUUCGGUUUCUUGACCCUUCAGCUGAUGAUAGAACCCGACAAAGACAUGAUUCUGCCAGGCAGGCUCUGGACUAUACCUACGACAGACAAACAUCAAAGGAGGACACAGUGAGUCAUGGAGGAGUAUCCACGGGCCCCCCUGGUAGCAACACAAAUGGUAAUAACAACAGCUCAAAUGGUAACGGACCAAGUAAUACUUCCCAGAAUUAUGAAACGACUUUUGAUGUUGAUGGAAAUGUGGAAACGGUAUCUACGUCAAGUUUGGGUAAUAAGGAGGAAACAAGAUCACAGAGGUCUGUUGGCAGUAGCAGGGAUGGCAACAGACUGUCCAAUUACGAGCGGUACCCCAGGGGAAAUGACCCGAUUUUACCAGCUGUUCUUGAAUUUAGAGAAGAAACAGAAGAGGCAUUUCUUCAUGCUGUUGUGACAGACCUAGAUCCGUCGUCACCACAUUUUAAACUUGCACCUACCUACACUCUCUAUCUUGUGGCAAGGUAUCGUGCUUCAACCCACUACCGUCCGGAACUUACUCCCCCAGAGCGAGCACAUAGGCUUACCGUGUUGCUUGCAAGAGUGGCAGCUAUGAUACAUAAUGUAAUUCAGGACAGGUAUGCGGAUGCAAAAUCCCUUGCUUUCUGGAUGGCGAAUUCUUCUGAACUGUUGCAUUUCCUGAAAUCUGAUAGACACAUAUGUGCAUUCUCAUUGGAUGCUCAGGAUAUAUUAGCAGAGUGUGUUCAAUUAGCUUUCAGGAACCUUGUGUCAUGCCUCCAAGGAGACUUGGCUGCUGUUAUGCCUAAUUUUUUAACAGAAAGAGAAGAUCCAAAUCCUGAAGAUGAUAGUACUGGCUCUGUGUUGCAAGUUCUAUCUUCUGCCAUGGAUCUUCUUCGUCGAUGUCGUGUCAAUGCAGCUCUUACCAUACAACUUUUUUCUCAACUCUUUCACUUUGUCAACAUGUGGUCAUUCAACAAAGUAGUGACAUCAUCCCCAGGAGUGCACGGGACAGGAAUUUGCUACUGCACCAGGGAAUGGGGCCUUCGACUGAAAGCAAAGCUGGCACAGUUGGAGGUGUGGGCCGAAAGGCAGGGUCUGGAACUGGCAGCGGACUGCCACUUGGCUCGGAUCAUCCAGGCUGCGCAUCUUCUGCAGGCACCCAAGUACAAUGCUGACGACUUGGCCACUCUCAGCUCUACCUGCUUCAAACUGAAUUCCUUGCAGCUCAGAGCCCUCCUCUCGAAAUAUCAACCAGCGCCAGAUGAACCACGGCUACCUCAUGACCUCAUUGACAAUGUCGUAAUGGUGGCUGAGAAUGUAGCAGAUGAAUUGGCUCGUUCUGAUGGGCGCGAAGUGCGGUUGGAAGAGGAGGCAGAGCUACAGCUACCAUUCCUGCUGCCUGAGGAUGGGUACAGCUGUGAUGUGGUGAGGGGUGUUCCCCAGGGUUUGGCUGAAUUCUUGGCUCCUUUGCAACAUGCUGGAUUAUGUCGACUCACAACGCAGCCCACCUCUUCUGGUCUUUGGACUAUCUACAUGUCUCCCCCUGAACAGAUAUUAGGGGCGCGGAGCCCCAGUGCGAUGAGCAACCGCUCAGGAGGCUACCCUCUGCUGCAGCAGGAGCCGGAGGUGCAGCUCAUCAAGCUGAACAAGUCCAACAACGGCAUGGGCCUCAGCAUCGUGGCAGCCAAGGGAGCCGGCCAAGAUAAACUGGGAAUUUACAUCAAGUCUGUGGUCAAAGGAGGAGCUGCUGAUGUGGAUGGUCAAUUACAAGCUGGUGACCAGUUGUUGAAAGUGGAUGGUCAAAGCUUAGUAGGAAUCACUCAAGAAAAAGCUGCAGAAUAUCUAGUUCGUACUGGUCCCACUGUUACUUUAGAGGUAGCAAAACAAGGCGCAAUAUAUCAUGGGCUAGCUACAUUAUUACAGCAACCAUCACCUGUAAUGGGACGAGCCUCAACUUCUGCAUCUCGUAUUCGUCCCAAAUCUGAACUGAUAACGCAACCUCCCAGUGUCACAAGAGCUGGUGAUGCAAACUCAACCGGGCCUAUGUCAGGAACAAUGUCCCUCAUGAACCUUCAUGCUCCAGCCUCAUCAGCCCAACCUCAGCCGACCGUGGUGCCUUAUCAGGAAAGACUUGUCGAUUGGAAUAUGCCGUCAGGGCCUCGUAGAAUGAGUGAAAGAGAUCUGCCAUCAAGAGUUUUAAAUGAGCAGACUCAUUUGGGAGAUGCCAGAAGAAAUUUAACCAAUCACGCACCAAUUCAGAGUUCAAAAUCUGUACCUUCAUUAAAUAGUGGAAACAAUGAUCUUGUUCAUGGUCAUCUUUCUCAAACUGCGACUGUUAAUACACCAAACAAGUCCCAUGAAGUGUUCAACCCAGGAUACAGUCGUACGUCUUCAACAAAUAGCAUCCCUCAGAAUAUUCCCCCAAAACCGUACGAUGGACAUCUUCAUUCAGGAGGUGGAUUGCGAUCCAAGUCCAGCCAAAACUUAAACGAUCCUCGUAGCCCAACUGCAGCUUUGCCUCCGAGUGGUCUUGGCUCUCGUCAGUUGUCCAAUCCAAGUCUGCACCAUUCUCAGUACCCUCCAACUGCCAUCCACCCUUUCCAUGGAAGCCCCUCCCAACCCACACCCCCAUCCCAGCACCACCACCCCCAUUCAAGCCCCCAGCAGUACCCCCACCCCUCCCAGAUAAACCAGCAGCCGCAGCAUGGGAUGCCUCCUAGUGGACACGUGCCCAGUCAGCAGCACCCGCUUCUUGGAAGCCAGCAUGUUGCAAACCAGCAUGAGGGAGAGAGAUUUUAUCAAAAUUUGAGUAUUUAUCGUAAUCAAGAGAUUCAUAACGGCUAUCCUCCUCCUAGUCCCAAUCGAGGGAAGUUGCCCAGUCCUCAAGUUCAGGAUGACAAGAGCCCCACACACACUCAAAAGAAUCUGCGAGGCUCCCAAUCUUCUUUGCAUAGGCCACCAGAUGCCUUGCAAAGCAACUCUAGAGAACGACCAGCAUCUGCUUAUAUUCCUGCCAAGGAAACAUUAGGAAGUCCUCAACAUGGCUCUAACAUGGCUCCAAGAUCUCAAUCCACCAGGGACAUAAUGCGUCAAGAAGCUAAACUCCAAGAGAUGCAGGAGGAAGUCAGGCGUCGAGAGCUACGAGGAGGAGCUCCUGUGGGCGCACCACAGCACUAUCCAGUGCAACCAGGCAAUCACCCUCGAUCUCAGGUUGCCCAUAUGCAGCAAAGAAUCUCAAAUGCAAAUUUUCAAUAUCCAAAUCCAGACGCAAACAGCUCUAAUGUACCUCAGCCCCAACAAGCCUCCUACCCUGUGCCUAGUGGUCACAAUCAUCCUAACCCUGCUCAUGCACCUAUGUCUCCCACAUACAACCAUCCUCGACCUCAGCAACUGUACGGACCACCUCCAACAGCCCCGAAACCAGGUCGCCAUGGGCCUCUCUCAGGGGACGGUCAGCGUCUGGCCCAUCUGGACAUGCAAGGGCAACCUCGCCUCUUAGCGAACAGCGACGUUCACACUGCCCCUCGUCAAGGACCUUCGGAGGAUGUUGGUUAUAGGGACUCCCCUCCCCCACCUCCACCGCCUACAUCCACACAUCCUUUAUAUCAAACCCAACCACCUUCUAAACAAAUUCCUGCAACAGGACAUCAAGACAACAGAUACACAGCAAGUAUGGGUGAACCUCCACGAGGAAGUUAUUACACCUCUAACCCAUCUGGUUCUGGAAAUUCCAGUCAGCCACGCCAAUUCCAGUUCAAUGCUACAAAUCCUUGGGAACGAGAAGAGCGUGAAAAGGAACAGCAACGUCGACGAGAGGCAGCACGGGCCUGGAGAGACCAGCAGAUUGCCGAACUGUCAGCAUUGCCACAGAGGACUGCCCAGCAAGAAGAGCAGUUGCGAGCUCUCAAGUUGGAACGAGAAUUUCAACGUCGAGCAGAGGAAGCUGCGAGGCAAGAAGAGGAGGAAGAAGGAGAUGACGAUCAGGAAAGUGUUGAAAGAGUUCAAGGAUUACUUCGCAUGGCCACACUUCAGCAAGAUGAUGCAGCAGAACGAGCUCGCAACCACAGCAAUCGCCGUGGUCCUGCUGAUGAUAUUGACCAAAAUAGUCUUCCUGGACGUGCCACAAUAAGUGCUGCUUCAAGUUCUGCUGCAGUGAGAUCACCUGUUGUCGCCGCAGCUGCUGAAGAUAAGAGAAGACAAGAAGAAAUAAAAAGGGAGCAAGAAGAACGAAGGAGAAGGGAAGAUGAAGCUAGGCAGAAACACCACCAGCAAAUGUUGUUGCAACAACAGCAGCAGCAGCAGCAGCAACAACAACAGCAGCAGCAGUUACAGCAGCAACAACAGUUGCAGCAGCAACAGCAUUUGCAGCAGCAGCAGCAAUUGCAGCAGCAGCAGCAGCAAUUGCAGCAGCAGCAGCAGCAAUUGCAGCAGCAGCAGCAAUUGCAACAGCAGCAGCAGCAGCAGCUAGGUCAUGGCAGUUCUCAGUAUUCUCAAAAUAAUUCUGUUCGACCCAUUGUCCAGGGACAGACUCAGAAUACAUCUAAUAACCAGUUCAAUUCUAAGUCAAUGGACCCCAGCCAUUUGCGCCUUGAUAACCUUGUCAUCAAUGGUCCAGCAACCCCAACAAAUAAUAGUUAUCCGAAUAGUAACCAUCAACAAUAUAAUGGAUUCAUUUCUUCACAGCCUUCCACUACAAACAGUGGUUCAGUAUAUUACCAACAUGAACAUGGAAAACCCCCAAGUGUCAGUCAGAGUACGCCUGUCAGUAAUUACUAUUCUAAUCAAGAAACAAGUGUGAAAUCAUCUUUAUCUCCUGCUCAACAAAGUGGAACCCAGAGACUAGACUCUCUUCUUCAAAUGAGCAGUACGGCAAGUAGUGAACGCCCUUCAAAUUCACAUCAACCUCCUCAACCACCUGAAAGAGGGUCAUCUUUCACAGUAAUGUCCCAGACUCAAGGUGUGUUGCGAAAUUCAUCUGCCAACAUUUCAACAAUGGGUGUUGAUAGAGGAAAUCCCAUUAACAAUAGGUCAUCUGAGAAUAGCGUCCAAACUAACUCUUCCGCAACGACAAAGAGAGUGUCGUUCCAUGAUCCUAAUGCAAAUCAGCCUCCUCCCCCACCAGCAUCUCAGCCUCCUGCAAUGGAGCGCAUUCGGGAAGAUCCCAACCAUUUCAUCAACGAAGCUGAGUCGCUUUUGUCAUCACCAAAGAGUCCUGAUGGGCCGUUCCCUACCAAUACACCUGGGGUUAUUGGCGCUCAGGAAGUUUACAGGGAUCCAAGAACUCGCCUUUUGGCACAGCAGCAACAUCAGAAGCUCAUGUCGAGCAGAGGGGGUCAAGUGCCUGAGAAGUUAAGUUUCAAGGAGAAAAUGAAAAUGUUUGCAAUGGAAACUGGUGAGGAUGGAACCCCAAAGGACAAGGUGAAGAUUUCCCGAGCCCAACGUGAUAUUGACAACCUUUCAUCUCCUGGUCCGGGAAACAGUAAUAACAAUAACAAUGGAAAUUGAAAGUUAAAUGUAAAUACCUUAUGUAAUUGGACAUAAUUCCACUGGACAAUUUGGUUGUCCUAAGUUUGCAGUAUUUUUUGUGCAAGAACGCAGUAUUUUGUGGCCGUGUUCGUAAUGAGUUAUGUAUGUGGCUGUGUUAAAGUGAUGAAUAAGUGUUUGUACAGUUUAUUCAGAUUUUAUUUCAAUUCAUAGAAUUUUAAAAUACUUAAAAGUUUCUUGAUAAGUGUUGUAGAAAACAUUAGAUGCACUUUUUACUUCAAUUUUACAUAAUGAGGAAAGUGCUGUGAAAUUUAGUCUUAUUUAAGAGUGAGUGUGUAUGUGUAUGUGUGUGAACACACACACACACACACAUUCUCUGUCUCUCAUUCUGUAAUUACUAUUAUUAAAACUACUGUUUAGGAUAUUGAAGUGUGCAUUGCCAAUAUGUAUUAUUGUGGAAAAAAGUGCCACUUCUGUUAUAAAAAUCAUGAAUCAAUGUUGUUUAGUUUAUAUUUAAUUAUAUUUUAUCUGUACAAGCUUUUAUUUCUUAUUAUUUUUGAUUUAUUUAUGAGCCAGUUACUUAGCUUUCAUCAUGAAAUUCAAAUAACAACAUUAAAGAUAAAUUUGCAUAAAAAUCUUUGUCAUCAUGAUAGAUAUCCAUAUUCGUGUUUAAAUGUCAGGAUGAGAAUGAAAAACAAGAGGCCUUCAACUAGUGUGUUAAGUGAAUAUAAAAAUAACUCUGUACCUUACUAAAGAACUUUGAAUGUAUUCCUAACAUUUUUAUUAGUUAGGCUAGGUAGUACUUGAUAUUGGUUUUUAUACUUCUUGCAAACUUGAAAUAUCAUUAAUAUUAGUAAAUUCAAUGUCCUUGUACAUAGUAAACUUUAUUCAUGGGAUUUUGCUUCCCGUAUGGACUUUAACAAUAUAACUGUGAUCUGGUAAAGAUCUGCUUUCGUCUAGUUUUCAGGUAUCUUGAAAUAAAGCAAAAAGCUUUUGUAAUUGUACAUAGUAUUGUGGUUCAUUGCUAUGUUUAGAUGAACAAAAUGUAAUUGAGCAAUUGUUAAAUUACCUGAUUCUGUUGUUUUAUUAUAUGUAAGUAAAUAAAUUUUAUCACUGCUAACACUGUACUAUUGUGAUAAUAUAAAAUUAUAUUUUGUUUAUGAACAUAUGGCUUUUCCUCUUUUUAAUGUUACUUAAUUUCAUGACUAUUUAUAUUUCUGUUUCUUCACAAAUCAUAUAUUAUGACUUAUAACAACAUUGCACUGGUCGAGAGAUUUGUUGUAAAUGCACUUUACUCAAGUUACUGUAGAAUUUACUAAGCAAUACUUAAAUUGACUGACUUGAUAAAACUGUUUUGUAUGAUUGAAAAAUGCUCUGAGAUAAUUGCAGCUGUUAUAUUUAUAGUGCAGUUUCUUAUAUAUACUGUGUUAGUACCAGAAGGCUUGAGACAAGGGCCAGUAGUGGUUACUAAAUGGAUGAAUUACAUUGAAAAUCAAUGGUUGAGCUAUACUAGGUCUCGUGAAACAGGUGCUAAUUCUGGUGAACUGAGCAGUACCUGCUGGCUGUGAUACCUGUGCCCUUGUUCUGCAGCUAUCAUACGUUCUGAGCUUUGAAUCAGUGAGUCCUGGUCUCUGUUAUGAUGUGUUUGUAAGCCUUGUUAGCCAAUGACAACAGGUCAGUGCUAGCAGAGCAGGGGUCAUAUGUCAUCUUUUGUGUGUGCAGGAUUGUGCUUUGUUGAUAACAUACGUCCAAUACAUCACUUGAGUGCUCACUAGUGAGAUGUGUCCAUUGUUUCAAGAGAAAUAAAGAUAUUAAGAUUGUUUUUUUUAUUGUAGAAUAUGGCAGAUCACUUAAAUAGUAUGAUAUAAAGAUAUAUUCAUUGUGAAGAUAGUAAUGUUUAUCUGUUUUGUUUUACAAUUUUUCAUCACAAAUACAAAUUGUAUUAAUCUAUAAAGAGAAACUUGUAUUAACAUCUUGUAAAAUUUUUAUAAUUAUAAUCCAUUCAAGAUCAUGUAUAUAGUUAUUUUUCAUGUAUCUAUGUAAAGGAAAUGAAUUAUUUCAUGUAUAGAUUAUGGCAAGUUAGCUUUACUUGACCAGAAAAUAAAGAAAGUAAAGUU